UUUGCCCGGAAUCGCUGCUGUCAUGUAUCUGGCGCUGCUGCUGACCCUCAUCGCACUCCUCUCGCUGCUCUACGUGUUUCUGGUAUGGAAUUUCGGGCAUUGGCGGCGUCGCGGCAUUCGCGAGCCGCGCGCCCUGCCGCUACUCGGCUCCUUUCCCAACAUGGUCUGGCCGCGCCGGCAUUUUCUGAACGAUAUGCGCGAUCUCUACAUGGAAUAUCGCUUAACGGAGAGCUAUGUGGGUACCUAUUUGGUGCGAGCUCCCAAGCUGCUGCUGCUGGAGCCCAAGCUGGUGAACGAGGUGUUCGUGAGCGCGUUCCGGCACUUUGAGAACAACGAUGCGUCGCGCAUGAUUGACACGGACAAGGACAGGCUCGUCUCGUGCAAUCCCUUUGUGCUUGACGGGGACGAGUGGCGAGUGCAGCGGGGCAUCUUCUCGCCCCUGUUGACCAGCGGGCGUAUACGCAAUGCCUACAGCAAUAUGCGGCGCAUUUGUGGCAAGCUCUGCGCCUACAUUGAUCAGCUGUCGGAGAGCGGUCAGCCCUACAAUGGCAUGGAUCUGGGCUUGCGCUUCACCAGCGAGAAUCUCUUCGACUGCGUUCUGGGCAUCGAGGCACGCAGCUUUACCGAUGCGCCGCUGCCCGUUGCCGAGCACAACAAGGCGAUGUCUGAGGAUAAUUACCGGCUGGCCCUGGCGGGCGCCCUGAACGGCCUCUUUCCGCGCCUGCCGCGCUGCCUGCGCCCCAAGGUCAUACCGCCCACAUACGAUCGCUUCUUUGGCGAUCUGCUGCACGAGGCAUUCCGUCUGAGGCGCUGCAAGCGACAGGAGCGCAACGAUUUCAUCAAUCAUCUGCUGGACAUGCAGCGGGAUUAUCAGCUCACCGAAGCACAGCUGACAUCGCAUGCGAUGACCUUCAUGUUCGAUGGCCUGGACACAACAUCCUCGACAAUUGCGCAUUGUCUCCUACUCCUCGGCCGCUAUCCGGAGUGCCAGCAGCGAUUGUGGCUGGAGCUGGACAAGGCCUGUGCCGCAGAUCAACUGCUGCCCGACUUUGAGCUGUUAAGUGAGCUGCCCUAUUUGAGUGCCUGUUUAAAUGAGAGCCUGCGCAUCUAUCCGGCUGGCGGUUGGGCCUCCAAGACCUGCACAGAGCCCUACACCUUUCAUGGCAGCCAUCACAGCGGCCCGCUGCAAAUGUAUCCGGGUGACAAUGUCAUGAUACCCAUUUAUGGACUGCAUCAUGAUCCCAACUAUUAUCCAGAGCCGCAAGAGUUUCGACCCGAACGCUUUCUCAAUGGCGGUCUCAAGCGAUUCCAACAGCUGGGCGUCUUUCUGGGCUUUGGCAACGGACCGCGUCAGUGUGUGGGCAUACGCCUGGGCCUGACCCAAACCAAGGCCGCGCUGGCGGCCAUUGUCAGGCGGUACGAGGUGCUUGUCAAUGGACGUACCCUUGAUGGCAUCGAACUGGAUCCGUUUAUCUUUGUGGGCGCCCACAAGGGCGGCAUUUGGCUGGACCUAAAGGCGCGUCCCAACAGGCCGAAGGCAGUGAGUGUGUUAUAGAUGAGUCUGAUAGACUAGGCAAUGCCCCGUACUGUUGCCUCAGGUUAACCUUAUGUAAUAGCGCUCACAUGUACAUAGAGGAAUUUUUUUUUGCACUAUUUAGUUAAAUAGCUAUUGUAUUCCCUAUCGAAACCUUAUUAAACUCUGA